AUGUCAGGCUCGCCCUCUGUUAUCCUCUUCGAUGCCAAAGAGCAUUCGCAUGUGACGCCAUAUCUUGCCGCCAUCCACGCAUCCUGCAUCACACAUGAUCGCACGAUAGCCACAUUUUUACCGCCACUGUCGCAUGACAAGCUGCUUUCAUGGUGGAAAAGUCGCAUAGCGGAAAUCGCAGAUGGCAGCCGAAUCAUGUUUUUGCUGAUAGACGACGUGGAUCCCUCUGAACGCAUAAAAGGACCCGAGAUUAUGGGUGUUGUCAUGUUGUACAUGCCACCGUCAGAGACUGGGCCGUUUCGAUGCAUGGUCGAGAAGCUGCUCAUUCGUAAAACCUUUCGAGGGAGAGGCGGCGCUAGACUAUUGAUGGCUGCGUUGGAGGCAGAGGCGCUGAACAGGCAGCGCACGAUGCUGCUUUUGGACACGGAAACUGGAAGCCCGGCCGAGGCUGUCUACAAAAAACUGGGAUACACCCAAGUGGGAAAGAUCCCCAACUAUGGCAUCAGCCCCACGGGAGAGCUCAAGGACGGCACGUUCUUCUACAAAGAUAUAUCAGCGCAGGCGUUCAACGGAUAA